AAUUUGGAAUCAACAAUUGGGUAGACGAUGUAGAUCGGAGUCAGUUCAAGUCUGCACCUCAGCCCUAUAAAAAUCGGCAGUUAUUUCACCUGAUUAAAAGAAUUCGUUCUACCUAAAAAUAAAUCUAAGUAGGUAGACAUUCAUAUCGAUUCCAGUGGUGAUUAGCAUUUGAAGAACAAGUGGGAGGUAACAAACCGCCUUUGAUUAGUAAAAAUAAAUCGUGCACGUUGAAAGGUAGAUAUACUCGCAUUUCAUAUACGAACUGCUACUCCGAAUUAUCGAUAUGAUUUUCGAAAGAACUGUGACCACUGUGAGUGAAGUUAUAGACAAUUUUUUGAGACGCAAAGGUUUACGAAAUGAAAAUUCUGCUUGGUCUUUGGGCGAAUCUCCUCUUGGAGAAAUUGGAGUAUUUGCCAACAGAGAUAUUGCAUGUGGUGAAGAAGUAUUCCGAGAUUAUCCUGUUAUAGAUGGACCAAGAAUAAAACCAACGGAUUUCUUGUUCUGUGUGGUGUGCUGCAAGCACAAUGAUGCUCAACUAUGUGCAAAAAAAUGCGGCUUGCCAGUUUGCUCUAACGUUUGCUACCAGAAGCACCAAUCUGAAUGCGAACUCAUCAGGAACAAACGUGGUAAUGUGGAUGAAAUUGAUAGGGAACUAUUCCAAAACUUGACCCCACUACGUUGUCUUUCUCUUGGCGACGAUGAUAGAGCCGUGAUAGCACAACUGAAACAUCACAAAGGUUCUAAACACGGCAUUGAGGUAGACAAAUUGAAAGAUAUUGGUCUCUGCUUCGAAGAGAAGGAAGAAGAUUACAUUAGGCUUGUUUGUUGUGUGAUGGAUGCUAACGCCUUUGAAGUUCUCAUAGAGACCGAUGUGAAGGAGGCAAAUUUUCGUGGAUUAUACCCGUUAGCUGGCCUCGUUAACCAUUCUUGUGUGCCAAAUUUGACGCAUGCAUUCGACCAAAACAAAGUUAUGAUGGUCAGGGCGAGCGUACCUAUUAGGAAAGGUCAAGAACUAUUUCAUUCUUACGUCAGGCUCAUCUGGAGCACACCAACAAGACAAUUCAAUCUGGCGAAAACUAAACAUUUCACCUGCAAAUGUCCGAGAUGUUUGGACCCGACAGAGUUUGGCACUUAUAUGUCCGGUAUUUUGUGUAAAAAAUGCAGAGGAAACGUUUUACCUCAAAAUCCGUUGACAAUCAAGUCAAACUGGGUUUGCGAAGAUUGCGGAACUGAAGUUGCCAAACAGGAAGUGGCUAAUUUGAUUUGCGCUCUUGGAUCCGUUCUCCGUUCUUUCGACGACGAAGAUCUUGAGACUAUGUUGAAAUUCUUGCAUCUUAAACUGGCAAGACUUGUGCAUGCUAACCAUGAAAUCGCUGUGGAUUUGAAGUAUAGGAUAGUUUGGAUUAUUGGUCACCAUGAGAAGUAUAAAUUAAGAGAUAUCGAAUCUCAACUUCUCGACUUGAAGUCAAGAAUAUGCGAGGAAUUAUUGAAUUUAAUGGAAAACUUGAAACUUGGAGAUAACAAAAUGAAAGGACUGCUAUCAUACGAGAUGUUUAUUAGUUUGAAGGAGAAAUAUAGACGCAGCACAUUGUCCAAAACGAAUUUUCCCGAUAAGAGCAUCACUCAGCAAGCAGAAAAAUAUUUCAAAGAAGCUUGUUCCAUUCUGAGGGAGGAAGUAAAUUUCCCUAAUGUUGUCAGUAUUUGAGGUGUCAUCAUCAUCAUCUUCAUAAGAUCUAUGAGUGAAAAUUACUCAGAUGCCCGAGUCGGAAGUAGACACUUAUAGAUACCUAAUGUUUGUAACAUAUAUGUAAUAUGUAUAAUGUUGUACAUACAUCUACUCUAAUAUUUAUAAAAAAGUUUAUUUUAUUCUUAUUGAUAUAAUAGGGAUCUUUAUAUAUUUCAAAUGAAAGUGAAUUGUACAUAAAAAGCAUUUUGACUCAACUGAAAUAAUUGAAUAAUUUAGUUUGAUGAGAAAGUUUUGAUGCAGGAUCUAUAUAAAUAGUUGUAAUAUCGUGAACGUCAAAAUAUUCUCCUUUUGCAAGUAUUGGAAACAUAUUUUUUUGGACUAAAAACAGAGAAAACAAAAAUAAAAUUAGCUGUUAACUUCGAAAGGCCACUGCGAUGUUUCUAUUAUUUGUAAGAACCCUGUCGUAAAAAAACGAUAUUUUUUCUUGUUAAAAUAAAACUUUCAAAAUCAUUCAUGAAAAAAUCUUUUCCUUUCCAACUAUGAUUCGAAACUUUGGACUCAAUAACUAAAAGAGGAUAGAAUGAAACCAAAAACAUUUUACGAGUUUAAUAAAACAGUAUUUUUACAGUAAGUUAAGAGUAGAAAUUAUCAUUUGGUACUGAAAUUUCCUUUAAAAUAGCUACAAAUGAACUAUUCAAACUGUGAAUCUUAAAAAAAAUUGGGUAAA